AUGACCGAACACUUGGUUGUGCCUCUAUUUGGCGUUGUCUCAACAAUUGACAACCCGGCGCCACGAUGCGCCGCCUUGAUAAACGACACGGUUGUGGACUUGAGCAAGCUUUACCAGCUCGAAUGGUUUCAAUUGAGGGCAGUACCCUCCCACAUCGACCUUGUGGCAAUCUUCCAAAUGCCAACCUUGAAUCGAUUCGCAGAGCUCCCGUUGAGUAUUCGGAGCGCUGUACGGAAACACGUUGCCGAGGAAUACUCUAAUAAAUCAAUUCCGAGCUCUUGCCUUGUCCCAGUUAAGGACGUUAGCACACAUCUGCCCAUGUCAAUCGGAAAUUACGUGGACUUUUAUUGCUCCCUGGAGCAUGCCCGAAAUUGCGCUGCUUUGGUAGGAGGAGACGUGACGGAUAACUUUUACACGUCGCCCAUCUGUUACAAUGGGCGUGCUUCUAGCAUCGUUCCAUCGCCGACGCCGAUACACAGGCCGCGAGGCAUCUUCCACAAUACUUGCACGACUCAUGGCUCGGAUGUCAUCUACGGGCCGUCAAAAAAGCUCGACUUUGAGCUUGAACUCGGCUACUUCAUCUCGAAAUCGUUACCUCGUGGCAAGACCCUCUCGAUCGACGAGGCUCCAGAGUAUAUAUUCGGCUUCGUUCUGCUGAAUGACUGGUCCACUCGUGAUGUACAGAUGUUUGAGCUUCGUCCUCUCGGGCCUUUCCACUCAAAAGGAUUCGCAACCUCAAUCUCGCCAUGGAUUGUCCCCUUCGAUGUGUUGCACCCUUUCGCGACCGCUCCCAAGAAUGGACAUCAGCCAGGUGGCUUAAGCCACCUUAAAUGGAGCGACUCAACGACGGGAACUUUCAACAUCAAUGUGGCGGCAUCAGUAACUCGCAAUGGUAAUACCCAAUUGAUCACGAAAAGCAAUCUACGGGACCUGUAUUGGUCUCCAUUUCAACAGCUCACCCAUCUUGCUUCUUCGGGCUCUGGAAUUAUUACCGGAGACCUGGUUGGCACAGGCACCAUAUCGGGAUCGGUCGCAGGCUCCCAAGGCUGUCUUUUCGAGGCAAGCGAGGAUGGCGUCAAGCCAAUCUCGCUCGGCGAAGGUUGGAAUUUGACUUAUUUGGAAGACUAUGAUGAAGUCGCCCUAGACGCGUGGUGUGCUAGUGUGCAAGGGGGACCAUCAUUCAAGUUCGCAGAAUGCCGCGGCCAAGUUCUCCCGGCUGAGUAG